CAGCCGGCGCGCGAACUCCACUUCCCAUAAGCCAACGGGCGGAGGGGUUACCAGGCAAGAGCGAAUUGGAGGGGACGGAGGGAGGUUCCAGGGUACCUCCUCCCCCCUCCCCCUCACCCUCCGCCUGCGCCGCGGCGGCUGCUGCUGCGUCGGGUAUCAGAGGCACCAGAGGUGCUAGUCUGUGAGAGCCAUGUACAAUGGGAUAGGACUCCCCACUCCCCGGGGCAGUGGCACCAACGGUUACGUGCAACGGAACCUCUCGGCUGUGCGCCACAAGAAGGAUCGGACUGACUAUAAGUCAGAAGAGGAGCUGAGGAAACUGGAGUCAUCUCUGGUUAAAAAACCCAACCAGGACAUCCUGGAUCACGAGCGCAAGAGGAAGGUUGAACUGAAAUGCUUAGAACUGGCUGAGCUCAUGGAAGAGCAAGGGUAUGGAGAAGGGGAGAUUCAGGAGAAAGUAGCCACUUUUCGGAUGAUGCUCCUAGAAAAAGAUGUAGCAGUUGUCAAAGAGGGAGAACAGCAGAAGUCAACUAUUACAGAGACCCAUCAGCUGGCUGAGGCUAAUGAGAAGAAGAAUGAGAGGCUGCGAGCUGCUUUUGGGAUCAGUGAUAAUUAUGUGGAUGGCAGCUCUUUUGACCCCAACCGCAGGGCCAAGGAGGCAGCAUCAGCUGCAGCGGCCAAACAGCAACAGGAGCAGCAAAAGCAGUACAGUCUUGUCAAAGAGUCCAGCAGCUCCCGUUCGCCAUCUCCAAAACAAAAGAAGAAGAAAAAGAAGAAAGACAGAGGCAGGUCUGAGAGCAGAUCACCUUCUCGAAGAGAAAGGAAAAAAAGCUCAAAGAAAAAGAAACACAGAUCAGAAUCAAAGAAAAGGAAGCACAGAUCUCCAAGUCCCAAAAGCAAACACAAAUCCAAGGAAAAGAAACGGAAGAGGUCCACCAGUGAGUCUGCAUCUCAGAAAGGCCGUCGGGAUCGUUCUUCCUCCCCAGAUGGCUCUUCCUCAUCAGAUGCUUCCCACAGCAGAUCAGUUAGCCCCAUUAUUCAAAAAAGGAGCUUCCUUAGACGGCAGAGCAAGUCUCCCUUGCCAAGUUCACGAAAACCAGAAGCUGAAGGGGUUUCCAAGAAUCUGGGAGAGAAAGAGCGUUCAUCUUCUGCUGAGCCUGCCCGCCGAGGCAGGAGUACAAGUCCUCGAGAAAGCAGAGAAAAGCGAGAGAAAACAUCCAAGCAUUCUCCAGUACGUGAGACCCUUCAGCAUUCUCCAAGUCCUUCAUCUCCUGCCAGAGAGAAAGAAAGAGACAAGGACAGAAAGUCUGCUCGCCAUGGGGGUCGAAAAUCCACCCCCUCAUUUGAGCGUGAUCCAAAGUGCAAGCAUCAUUCUCCUAUGCCGAAUGAUCUCUCUCGAGAAAAGCGUCCCCCUUCUAAGGAGAACAAGUCUCCAGCCUGUUCCUCUCCAUCUGCUAAGAAGCAGUCAGAGGAUCGUAAUGGGACUGUUCCAUCAUCCAAGGCUAAGAUUUCUCCUGACCACAAGGAGGAGCCUACAGGUUCCUCAUCUUCUAAGGCUGUUGAGACCAAGUUGAGGAAGAUGUCUCGUGAGGACUCUACACCCCAGCGCUCACCUUCUCCUUCAGAGAGUGGUAGUUGCUCCUCUUCCUCCUCCUCUUCUUCCCCAGCAACCAAGGCUGCCCCAGUUUCUCGUAACUGUUCUCCAGAGGAUCCUCCCAAAAGGCAAGACAAAGAGAAGACCUCUACCCAGAGAGAGAAAUCUAGCUCAUCCCCUGAAAUCUCUCAUUCUGGGCAAAAGCAGUCUUCCAAGACAUCUCGACGUGAACCAUCCAGCACCCCUCCAGCUAAAGGCUCCAAAUCAAGGGCCAGUCGGAGGGACAAAUCUCUCUCUCAAACACCUACUACUCGUAGAGGUAGAUCUCGGUCCCGGACCCCACCUAAGAGAGGUAGAUCACGCACACGUACCCCACCAAGGAGGGGCAGGUCUCGCUCUCAGAGACGUGCUCGAUCUCGUUCGCGCACUCCAUUGCGAAGGGCACGUUCUCGAAGUCCCCAGUGGCGAGGCCGGUCAAGAACACCUCAGCGAUGGGGUAGGUCACGUUCACGUACACCUCCCAGAUGGGGUCGAUCCCGUACACCUCAGAGGCGUGGUUGGUCUCGUUCUAGAACUCCCCAAAGGCACGGAUGGUCUAGAAGCAGAAAUAGUGGAAGAUGGGGCAGGUCAAGAACACCACCAAGAAGGGGGAGGUCACGUUCAAGAACACCAAGAAGAGGCAGGUCUAGAUCAAGAACUCCACCGAGGCGAGCAAGGUCCCGUUCCAGAACACAACCCAGAAGAGGCAGAUCUAGAACUAGGACCCCUCCCAGGAGAGGAAGAUCAAGUUCUUCCCCAAGAAGAGAAAAAUCCUUGAUUUCAACCAGACGAAGCAGAUCUGUGUCAUCUCCAGAUCGGAAAGCCUCCAGAAUUUCUUCUAGGAGAAGUCGAUCUGAUUCAUCUCCACGAAUGAGGGAAAGAUCCAGGAAAGUGCUAAGACGUAGUCCUUCUGGUUCCUCUCCUGAAUCAAGAAGGUUAAGAGCAUCUCCCAGACGUAGUCGGUCUGGAUCACUUCCGAAAGCUAAAAAGAAAACUCAGUUGUCUCCAAGGAGUCGUUCAGGCUCAUCUCCAAGGUCAAGGAAGAAAAGAUCAAGAACACCUCCAAGGCGCAGUCGUUCUAGUUCUUCUCCAAGAGUGAAAAAGAAAUCGAGGUUAUGCCUCAGGCGAAGUAGAUCUGGAUCUUCUCCAACACCAAAAAAGAAAUCUAGAUCACCUACUAGGCGUAGCCAAUCCAGGUCACCUCCAGCCCUAAAAAAUAAAGUCAGGAUGUCCCCUCAGAGCAGUUCUGGUUCAUCUCCAAGGCUCACAAGGAAGUCUGAUGUUUCUUCAGCAGCUGAAGAAAAAACUAAAAUCACUUCAAAAAGAAGUCGAUCUGGUUCAUCUCCAUCACUGCGAAGGAAAUCAAAGUCUCCUUCAAGACACAGCAGAUCUGGGUCCUCUCCAGAACCAGAGAAGAGAUUGCCAAGAAGGCGAAACAGAUCUGAGUCUUCUCCAGAAGUGGAAACAAAGCCAAGGGCAGGAUCAUCCCCAGGGCUGAAGAAGGAAAUGAGAUCAUCUCCAAGGCGAAGUCGGUCUAGUUCCACUCAGUCAUCAGCAAAGGAAAACUCCUUAUCACCAGUAAGGCGAGCAGCUUCUCCAGAAUCAAAGUCUGCAUCCCCACUGCAGCAAAGCAGAUCUGGAAGGUCUGUAGCAACAAAAGAAAAACCUAGAUCACCACACCAAAUGCAGAGCAGGUGUAGAUCACCUCUGGCUUUGAGAGAGACCUCUCUCUCUCCUCUAAGGCCAGUUGCGUCUGGAACUUCAUUAGAGAUAAAGAAGAAAUCUUCUUCACCACUGGAUAAAUGCAAAAAUGAUUCCUUGGAGUUAAAGAAGGCUAGGUCAUCUCCAAGGCAAAGCACAUCUGGCUCUUCUCCAAUGACCAAAGAGCAGUCUAGAUCACCUCCCAGGACCAAGUCAAGAUACUCUCCUGAGAUGAAGAAAUCUUCACCUUUGAAGCAAGCUAGAUGUGGGCUGUCCCCUCAGGCAGCAAAAGAGAAAUCUCCCUCCAGGAGAAGUGAAUCCAGAUCAUCUCCUGAACUAAAUGGCAGAUCUAAAACUCCUCCAAAGCAAAAUAAAUUCCAAGAAGUGAAGGCAAAAUCUGGAUCUUCCCCAGGACACAACAAAUCUAAUUCCAUGGCAAUAAUGGAGAGUGCUUCGCCUCCAUGCCAGAAGAGUAAACCAGGCUCAUCUCUCUCUGGAAAAGAGAAAUCACAAUCACCCUCAAGACAAAUGCCAUUUGAGUCAUCACCAGUACUUAAAAAGACAGAUAUUCCAUUAAGGCGGAGUAGAUCUGGAUCUUCAUCCUCAUCCUCCUCUUCCUCCUCCUCGUCGUCCUCCUCUUCCUCCUCCUCCUCCUCUACUUCAUCGUCGUCAUCUCCAGAAGAUGAUAAAUCUCGGUCACCUCCCAGACUGAGCCGCUCUGCAGUGCUGUCAGUCAACAAAAGUAAAUCAGUUUCAUCCCCAAUGCAUGGCAAAUCAUAUUCUCCAGAACCAGAGAACAGCACAUCUGCAACUGUUACAAAGCACAACAGACCUGGAGCUUCUCCAGAAACAAGAGAGAUUUCCAAAGCUGCAGUGAUGGGGCCUAGAUCACCUUUAGAGAAGAAGGGGGUAUUCAGAGAUGCAUCUCGAAGGAGCAGAUCAGGUUCUUACUCUGGGACUAAAGAGAAGCCAAAACUGCACUCCAGUGAGAGCAGUUCAGAAUCCUCCCCAGAAUGGAAAGAGAAAUCUGAGAGCAGAUCUGUCUCACCACUCAGAUCAAGAGUAAAAUCAAAAACACCUCCAAGACGCAGAGCAUCAAGGUCACCACCCAGAUCUAGACCAAAAUCCAGAACUCCACCAAAGCGUGGCAGGUCUGGGUCUCCACCAAGACCUAAGGUGAAGUCCAGAACACCUCCAAGACGACGUAGGUCUGGCUCAUCUCCUAGACCCAGAAUAAAGUCCAGAACACCACCCAGACGACGUAGAUCUGGGUCAUCCCCAAGGUCCCAAAUGAAGUCCAGAACACCACCCCGCCGCCACUGCAGAGCUGGAUCAUCCCCAAGACCCAGAAAGAAAUCUAGAACCCCUCCACGGCGACGGAGGUCUGGAUCACGAGCAAGAGAAAAGUCUAGAACACCAGUUACAAGAAGACGGAGAUCUGUGUCACCAGUGAGCCCUAGGCGCAAAUCUCGAACACCUCCGAGACGUGGACGGUCCAGGUCACUCUCCAGAGAAAAAUCAAGCACCAGCACACAUCCACAUCGGUCUCAGUCAUCAUCCUAUUGUGACAGACCUAGAACUUCUUUGCGACAAGGAAGAUCUGGCUCUCCCUCAUGGAGGAGUCGCUCCCGUUCACUCUCCAGGCGACGAGAUAAAUCUCGGGGUUCAUUACGGAGGGAAAGGUCAAUUUCCUCUCCAGGUAGAAGCCGCUCAAGGUCCUCUUCUCGUCAGGAGAAAUCUAAACUACCACACAGAGGUCAUUCCCAUUCUCCAGUACAGAUGUUGCAGUUGUCCCCAGAGAGGACUGCAGCCAGUCGGAAUGCAUCCCGUUCACCUCCCAGAUUAGAUGCUUCACGUGUAACAGCAUCAUAUAAAGGCACUGGGUCCAGAGUAUCCCCUGAUGGUCAGUCAUCUCCUGUGAGGAAGCAUUCCAGAUCAGGCUCCCAGGAAGCCUGCACCUCUCCAGGAAGGAAAUCUCGUUCCCCUCCUGUUCUAGAGAGAUACCCCAAGUCUGACCUCCAAGAGAAGCCAGCAAGCUCCUCUCUUUGGCACAGCAAGAACAACAUUGCCAUCCCUUGUGCUCUAACCCCACCUUGUGAGGAAUCUCCUAAAUUGCAAAAGGUCCUCUCUCCUGAUCCAUCUGCGCUACGUGAGUUGCCUCCAUCGUCGAAGAACGGUGACACCGCAGCCAUCCGAGACAGCCCGGGAGAUAGGAAUCAGGCCGCGCACCAGGUUACAAUUAAAGAUGAUACAGGAGUUGGUGUACCUUUGUCAGGGAGAGGCAGUUCUCACGCAGGCUCCCUUUCUCCUGUAAAAGCCAGGUUGUCGUCCCACUCCUCCUCCUCCUCCACUUCCUCCUCCUCCUCUGCUCCCUCCAGCCCCUUACCAGCAUUGAUUUCUGUGCUAGUGCCAUCCCCCAAAGAAGAGGAGAUUGGAUCUGAAGGAAAAGCACCAGACAGGCCUGAGGUACACUUACCUACCCUUGAGGCCGAGCCACAGUUGGCUUCUGUCACCACAGAGGAGGACACCCGGAGCAGCUGUCCCACCGUCCUACAGCUCGCCCUCCCCUCUCCUCCCCCCUCUGCCCCUUUGAAGGCCAAGAGAAGUUCGUCUGCUUCAUCUACCAGUUCAUCCUCGUCCUCGUCUUCCUCCUCCUCCUCCUCCUCAUCAACUUCUGAUUCUGAGUCCAGCUCAUCUGAGUCCAGUCCCCAUGAUCAGGCAGCAAAGGAUCUUGAGGCUGAGACUGAACUGAAACAGCCACCAAGCCCAGUGCUGAAAGAGAGUAACCGUGAUGAGCGGCCUCUGGAAAUGGGCAAACGUAAGUGCCGUUCUCGAAGCUCAAGCAGUUCAAGCAGCAGCUCUUCCUCUUCUUCUUCGUCCUCCUCUUCUUCAGCCUCUUCCUCUUCGUCAUCUUCCUCCUCCUCCUCAUCUUCCUCCUCCUCAACGUCGUUGCCUAAAACAGGACUCCAGGCAGUGAUGAAGGGCCCCCCGAAGAAGAAACCAUCUCCAGAGAAGAGAAAGUCACGCAGCCCCAGAAAACCAAUUGACUCGUUGCGAGAUUCGCGCUCUCUCAGCUACUCUCCAGCAGAACGGCGUCAGAUUUCCCCUCCUGCCCAGCCACCCUCUGCUCCAAGGGAUCGACGUAGAGACAGGUCUAGGGAGAGGUCCCUGCAGAGAAACAGACGAAGCAUCAGCAGGUCUCCAGGGCGAAAACGGCGACGCAAAUCCCCCAGUCCCCGAGCCACUCGCCGCAGAACUUCAAGGUCCCCGUAAGCCUUUUGGAGAGUGGAAGGUCCCCAUCCUCGCCACCACAGACUGUGCCGCCCCCAGCCUCCAACAGUGCUGUCCCAGGUGGGAGUCCCCCGCCUCCUGAUGUCCCCUGGAAACCAGUGCGUUUGCAUGGGGAGGGGUGGUGGGCUCUUCAUUUGCCAUCACCUUUUUAUUCUCAUUAGUUUCUUCCUUUGCCGUCCCUGUCUUUAUUGCCCGUCAUUUGUCGGCAGCUACAUUCCCCUUGUCCCUGGACAUUUCUGCUCAACGCCCACCCGGAUCCACCGCCUCUUCCUGCGCUCCUCUUCCUCUUCUUCCAGCAGUUGGUGAUGUUCAUUUGAUUUUUUUUCCCUCUCUCCCGUGAGCAUUUUUUUUUCCUGUGCGUUUUGCAGCUAAAAUCUUUACUUCUGUGUUUUGAAAGAGCUGUCUCCUUUUUGUUGAUUUAGACAUAAAAGGUUUUAAAAAAAAAAAAAACACAAAUGGGUGGGUGGGGAAGUAGAGGGAUAUGUGACCUAAUCUGUUUGAUUUAGUGUUUCUCAGGCCCCCCCUGUUUGAAGUGGUGGAGGGUUGUAAUAAAAGAGUUGGAGUGCAUGUUGGCAACCCAGAAGUUUAUGGAAGGGCUGUGCUAUCUAGUAGCUCCUUCCUCUGUUACCCACUGUUUCUAUCAAGCUUUUUUGACGAAAAGCAGGCAGUUUCUUUCAGUAGCCUGCAACAGUGGGAUUGAUUCUUGGUGGCAGCAAAAUUGAGGGUUAAACUAUUCCUGUUCCUCCCCCAGAACAAAAAAAAUCAAUAUGCAGUGCUCUUUUUCCUUUUUAUCCCUCCCUCCAAGGAGACUCUUUCAUGUUGAUCAGCUGAGCCAGGUCAUGAGGGAUUAAGUUUGGAACUGGAACAGGGGCAUUCAGGCAUUUUAGGGGGGAAGGUGACUGAAAUUUUGCUGAGAAGAAGCUGAGAAACCCUAAAUCAGGGAGGGUGGGAACAGAAGUUUCUUCAUAUUUCUUAAAAGCAUUUAAUUUUUUUUGAUAUGUACAGCAAGGAGAUUUUUUCUGUCAAAUAAAAAACUUACGAAAUGCAGAAA